CUCUCUCUCCCUCUCUCUCUCUCUGUCUCUGUGUUUCUCCGUCACGCAGCUCUCUUUGUCUCCUUUGUGUCUCUUCCUUUCAGCACUACCCACAAGACGGGGUUUCGUUGGUUCGUUCGUGCGUCUCUUUUUUGUGUUGGUCGGUCGAGACCCCCUUCGGCCAUUCCUGCUGCCGUCUUGAGUUUGAGCGGCGGGCUUAGUCACGCUGGGCUAGCUCCCUUCGGGCGACGCACAGUGGGCAAAAGCAGCAGGUCACAUGAGGCGUAGGUGGCGGAACUUCCAGGAAAGCGACGGAAAGCGUCGCCUGCAAGCCGUGGGAACUGGAGUGCCACGCCCGCCAAAAAGCGACUUCAUCCGGCACCUUCGUUGCUUUUUCGCUGCUGUUCCCUUGUGCCACCUGCUCAAUGAACCAAGCUCGACACAGCUCCGGCCACGAUGCUGACGCCAUCCUGACCGCCCAGAGCAACCUGGGCGAAGCUUGGACCACUGCUUUCCCAGAAGGUCUAUAUAUGGGCUCCCCCUUUAGGUGGUGGAAAGGGGGUUUCCGCCCGUGACUCUCCUCCUUCAACCACUUUCCUUACCCUCCCUCCCGUCCAGUCGAGAUAUGGCCUACCGACUUUCUCCAGUUUGUAGGGCCUCUAAACUCAGCUAUGGAAAUAAUCUAUUCUUGAUUCACUCUGCGCGUCACGUUCGAGCGUUUCACGUCCCCUCGGAGUCCCCGGAGAACCUCCCCCAGACGCCAUGGGAUAGCUCCAAGUCCGAGGCCGCUGCUGCUGCUCCCACCGCCGUUGUUCGGCCUUCGCCACCGCAGCGCAUCCUGGACAGGAUGCCCACUGCUUCCCUUCUUCGGAGCAUCAUGUUGCAGACCGUGAUGUCUCGCCCACGUCUCAUGGACAUGGCGUCGACCGUGAUUCACCGAAAUGUCCAGUUUCUGACCGGGAACGCCCUCUUCAGAUUCCUCCUCGACAACAUGUUCUAUGCACAGUUCUGUGCCGGGAGAACAGAGGCCGAGAUCAGAGAGACAGUGGAGGGACUGCGGAGCAUGGGUUAUCGGGGGGUGAUUUUGGCAUAUGCACGAGAAAACAUGUUGCGCAGUGGCUUCAAGGAACUCUGCGGACGAUCAAUUACGCACAGCGUGGAGAUUAUGUCGCGGUGAAGUACACCGGCGCUGGCAUCGGUUGUGUGCACGCCCUAGAAACCGGGCAAAACCCAGACAAUUUGAUGGCUGAUGCCUUGGAGCAGAUCUGCGCCUCUGCGCGAAAGCAAGAGGUAAAACUCCUGUUCGACGCAGAGCAUUAUGUCCAGAAGGCGGGCAUCGACUCCUGGACCAUGGACCUUAUGCAGAAGUACAACCGUGACGGCCAGACCGUUGUAUAUAACACCUAUCAGAUGUACUUGAAAGAAUCCACGGCGACAUUGGAAUCGCAUCUUCGGAUGGCCCAAGAGGGGAAAUUCAGCCUCGGGGUUAAACUAGUGCGCGGUGCAUAUAUCAACAGCGAUCCUCGUCACUUGAUACACGAUACCAAGGAGGACACGGAUCGAGCCUUCAACAAUGCCGCCGUCAUGCUGGCCACUCAGCACAUCGACAAUCCGUCUGCGCCCAAGAUUGGGCUUGUCCUUGCAAGUCACAACAAGGAGAGCACGGAGAUGAUGCGAGAGUUGCGACAGGAGCAACUCAGGCGAGGUUUACCCUUGGCCGACGUUGUGUACGCGCAACUGAUGGGAAUGGCAGAUGAACUUUCCAUGAGUUUGACACAGAAGGUACCGGACCUUGAAGAAGAGAACAACCACGUGUUCAAGUACGUGGUCUGGGGCACCACCCAGGAAUGUAUGAUGUACCUGCUCCGGCGAGCAGAAGAGAACCGAGACGCUGUUGAGAGAAGUUCUGUGAGCAAGCAAGCCUUGUGGGAGGAGCUGCGUGGAAGACUCACGCUCCCUUCUCUUCUUGAUCGACGCGGAUCUUGAGGCUGCGAUUUUCUUGAUGUUCGUUAGCGGGCGUCUCUUUUUAUUUUAUUUUCUCUUCUAUUCUUUUUUUUGUUCUUUUUUUUCUUUUUUUUGCUUGUUAUUUCCUGAUACCUGUCAUUUGUUGGCGUUAAAGCAAGAUCAAAAAGCCGGAUGGGAGGGUUUCUGUCGGAUUCUGCAAAGCACUUUUAGCGGUUCAAGUCUGAGUUAUGAAUUAGCG